AUGAGACAGAUAUUUGGAAAGGAGCAUCAAAACGAGAUCUACCCGAUUGGGAUCGAAGAACAAAGCACAACUUCAAUGAAAAUCGGUAAUCCAUCGGCGAGUGCGUCCGUCGUUAUAGAACCACUAGCAACUGAUCAAUAUCACCACAAAGAAACAAUCUGGCGUGUUCUACUCGAUGCAAUUAGCCUUAUCAUAUUAUUGGUCGUGACAGUUAUUUCGCAUUAUGUUGCCAUACCAUUUACACGUGGAUUCUUUUGUUCGGAUACAUCGAUAAAGUAUCCAUACAAAGACAAUACGAUUCCAACGUAUGCAGCAGUCAUUCUAUCAAUUGGUGUUCCAAUUGUUUGGAUGUGGGCAACCGAAUUCUGUAAACGAUUCUAUUUCGCACGAUACCCAAAAACAGUAUUCACAACACGUCUAGAACUGUGCAGUUCAAAAUCGAUUAGUAUUUCGCCGUUUGUUCGUAAUUUAUAUAUGCUUACCGUAAUAUUUGCUUAUGGUUAUCUAUCCACUUGGGUAUUAACGGAAGUAGCAAAGAAUUUUGUUGGAGAAUUACGACCACAUUUUUUGGCUGUUUGUCGACCUAGUUUCGAUUGUUCAGCUUUGACGUCUGCACAAUUUGCUUCGUUCAAUUCAUACUUACUCACUGAUCAAAAUUUUACAUGUACAAACGAUGACAGCGCAGCAGUUCGAGAAGCACGUCGAUCGUUUUUCAGUGGACAUACUGCACCGUUGUUUUUUGGCUUCGGCUUUUUAGUUAUGUAUAUUCAUGUCUCAUGGUCAUGGCGUCAUCUUGGUAUUGUCGGUCAUCUCUUUCAAGUAGGUCUUGCUAUUCUUGGAUGCUACAUUGGAUAUACACGCAUAAGUGAUUUUCAUCAUCAUUGGCACGAUGUCUUUGUUGGUGGUAUAGUUGGCUCAUUGAUUGCUUUUGUAACAUUUAAAUUUAUUCUCAAUUGGCGUCAUUACGAUCCGAGAUUUUUGCCCUACACAGCAAUGGCUGAAAGUGAUUCAGACACAACACUUGGUCUCGAACAAAAUCGAUCGUGUCGUCAACGGCAAUCAUCAACAGAAUUGAAACAAAAAAUGAAAAGCGAUUCAUCACGGCAGUAUAGAUAUGAUGAUGAUUCACCUGAAGCAAAAUGGUCUGCAACACCGAAUGUGGCAGUACGAAGUCGUGCUCCAAUCAUUCAACCCGUUUCAGCGUUGAAAUUAGUUUUUGAUGGUCUCUCACUUGUGAUUGUGCUUCUAACAUGGCUUAUGUUUAAAUAUUUUGUCAAACCUGUGCGUCGUGCAUUUCUAUGCUCGGAUCUCAGUCUGUACCACCCACCACCAGAAAAAAAGGUCUUUCCGACAUGGCUCCUAUUCGUAUGUGCGAUUAUUGUACCACUAAUUAUCAUCAUCCUAUCCGAAGGUAUUCGUUGGUUUUAUUUAUUUCGUAAGAAAGCAGCAAAAGUUGUGUACAAAAUUCAAGUUCGCACCAAAGUUUAUGACAUUCCGGAGUGGGUAGGCAAUCUCUACAUUAUCGUCGGUGUCUUCAUUUUUGCCAACUGUGCUAAUUCGUUUUUAACGAAUGUCGGCAAAGUCACUGUCGGUCGAUUACGGCCACAUUUUAUCCCAUCGUGUUUUAACAAAUUCUCGUACAAAGAUUUCUGUGGAGAUCCCAAUGAAUGGAUCGUUAAUUAUACAUGUCUCGGAGAGUCAAGUGAUCUUGUCAAAGAAAAGGAUGGAGCUCAUGAUAUUCGUCAAUCAUUUCCAUCUGGACAUUCAUCGUCAGCUUUCUGUGGUCUUAUUUUCUUAGCUCUUUAUAUACACAGAGUCUGGAACUAUCGUAACAUUGGUUUAUUACCAUAUGUCAUGGAAAUGCUUUGCUUUGCGCUAGCUGCCUAUAUCGGUAUCACACGUAUUACCGACAAUCGUCAUCAUGCCACAGAUGUCCUUAGUGGCGCUAUUCUAGGAACGGUUGUUGCUGUCAUUGCUUUUCGUUACAUGGUCAAAUCAUUCAAACGAUCAGUUCUCUCAGAUCUCGGAAGUGGCUCUGUAGAUUAA